AUGUAAAAUCUCCAAAGUUACUUAAAGAAAGUUUAAGAGAAGCUGAAAAGAAAAAAGUUUCAAAAGUUAUGGAAUUAUUGCAGUUAAUUUUAUGAAUUCGGAAUAUUACAUCCAAGUUUAAAUAUUGUUUUAGGGAUUGAAUUUAGUGCACUUGCUUAAACUCCAACAAAAUUUGUUUAACUUAUAUUGUCAAAGCAUUUUUAUUUAUCUUAAAAUUAUUAAACUCCAACUUAAGCAAAAGAAUUUAAUGAUGUUCUAUAAAGUUGUGAUUAGUUUGAUCAAAGAAAAUUAGGGUAAAUUAUAUAUAUAAAAUAAUAAUAGGACAGUUAUUGGAAUGAUCUUAUUGGGAGCAAUAGGAUUUUUUAUUUUUGGAUUUGCAUUAUUAGGAGGAAUAGGAGGAGGAAUAUUAGGAAUUAUUGGAGGUCAUUAAGUUGGGAAAAGAAUUAAGAAGACAUUAUAAAAUUAAUAAGACAUUAAUGAGAUAGAUAUUUAUGAUCUAAGAAUUAGAACUAUUUUAAAAUGGGCAUAAUAAUAAUAAAAAAAAUAUAAUUAUAAUAUUAAUCUCCAAAGAUUCGUAAUUGAUAAAAUCUUAACUGAAAUUAAAAUAGCUCUACAUUUUAAAUAUUUCUCAGUUAUAAAUUAAAAUAAACUUUAGAAACUUCUUAAAAAGUCUUUUAUAUUUAUAAAUUAAGAUUUGUAUUUAUGUUCCAUAGAAUUAAGUUUAUUAUUAUUGAAAGAAUAAUUAAAGAUUCUAAAGUAUUUUAGUUUGUAGGAUUAAAAUAUUUAUCUCAAUGAAGAAGAGAUAAAGUUAUUAAAUGAAUAAAUGCAUUAUAGAAAUCAAUUAGAAAUUUCAGUUUUGAAAGGUAUUGAUAAUGUUUUAAAGCCUGUUGUAACAUUAUUUUAAACUUAAUUACCUGAUAAUAAAUUACCUGAAAUAAUAAGAAAUGUUAGAUAAUUCAUUUAUUCUAUUGAGAUAAUUUAAUUAUCAAAGCAAUUUCCUGAUCCAUAAAUGAGUAUUUAUUAUAUCAAAAUGCUAAAUGUAUAUUUGAAUUAAAGAGUAAUUACUUAAAAUUUGAAAUUAUAUGUAUAAUAAUAAACUUUCCGAAAAUUGGAAACUGUUGGUUAAGACAUUUAAUGUUAUAUGUAGAAAUAAACUUCAAUUUAUAAUAUUUAAUAGGAAGAUGAAAUAAAAAUAAAUAUCAAAUAAGAAUAGAUUGAAGAAUAAUAAUAUGAUAUUAUCAUACAAAAUAAUGAAUUACAAUUAAAGCUUGAAGAAACAAUAAAUCAGGAGCCAUAAUAAAUUAAAUUAAAGUUGCAAUCUCAUCCAAAUAAGAUUAACUUCUCUAAAAUAGAUCCAAAAGGCAAUCUGAAUUCAAUUCCAUAAUUAUCUUAUGAUGAAAUAAAUAUAUAAAACUUAGAAAUAGAGAAUUAUAAAAGUAAAUACCCAUAACAUUACUGUUAAAGAACAAUAGAUAAGUUUGAAUUGUUUUUAAAAUUGAUAAAUGAACCAACUGAUUUAUGGGAUUUAGCAAUAAAUAAUAAAGAUUCACAAAUCUAUAAAAGUUUUAAGGAAGGAUCUGACACAGUGUUUAUCAAAGGAUUUGGGAUAAUAAAAGAUGUAAAUAUAGAUUUAAUUGUGUUUAGACAACUUUGGAUUCAGCAUUAAAAGUAGUUUAUGAUGUUAAUUUGAGGAGAGAAUGGUAAUAAUAAUAAUAAUUAAUUUAAUAGGGAUAAAUUAUUAAGAGAUUUUAAAAUAAUAAAAACUGAAUCUAAAGAUAUUGAUAUUGUUUCUUAUUAUGUAUAACCUCCAAUAAGUUUGGUCACUCCUAGAGAAUGGAUUUAGAGAAGAAUUUUAAGAUAUGAUUUUCCUUAAAAAGGGUAAAUCACUUUAAUAUUUUAUUCUGUUGAUUAUCCUCAGCAUCCAAUAAAUAGAAAUAGAAUAAGAGCACAUACUGAGAUAUCAUCUAUGAUAUUUGAAAACUUUGAAUAAAAGAAUAUAAAAAUCUCAAUUUGUUCAAAUAAUGAUAUAAAAGGAUAUAUUCCAAAAAUGAUAGUAAAUAGAGCAAGUACAAGUGGACCUAUAGAUUGGUUUAAAAGUUUAUAAGAUGCUUGUAAUAAAUAUAAAUGA